UUUGAUAAGAAAUCUCAACAAAAUUCAAACCGACCGCGUUCGAACGCCUCGCUUUUAAUUUUCUCGUUUCCUCCAUUUCAAGGUAAUCCGUCUUCUUUAAUUAAAGAAAAGGGUUAGGGUUUCUCUUUCGCUGGGGGAAUGGGACAGCAAUCGUUGAUCUACAGCUUUGUGGCUCGGGGAACGGUGGUUCUGGCAGAGUACACGGAAUUCACCGGGAAUUUUACCAGCAUCGCUUCUCAAUGCCUCCAGAAGCUCCCCGCUUCCAAUAACAAGUUCACCUAUAAUUGUGAUGGUCAUACCUUCAAUUACCUCGUCGAAAAUGGCUUCACCUACUGCGUUGUUGCAGUUGAGUCUGCUGGGAGGCAAAUUCCAAUUGCCUUUUUGGAAAGAGUUAAGGAGGACUUUAACAAGAGAUAUGGUGGAGGGAAAGCCGCAACUGCCGUUGCUAACGGGUUGAACAAAGAGUUUGGACCCAAGUUGAAGGAGCAUAUGCAAUAUUGUGUGGAUCAUCCUGAAGAGAUCAGCAAGCUUGCCAAAGUGAAAGCUCAGGUUUCUGAAGUUAAGGGUGUUAUGAUGGAAAAUAUCGAGAAGGUUCUUGAUCGUGGUGAAAAGAUCGAGCUACUGGUGGAUAAAACUGAGAACCUUCGCUCCCAGGCACAAGAUUUUAGGACACAGGGAACAAAGAUGAGAAGGAAGAUGUGGAUUCAGAAUAUGAAGAUAAAAUUGAUUGUUUUGGGUAUCAUCAUUGCGUUGAUUCUUAUAAUUGUGUUGUCAGUUUGCCAUGGCUUUAAGUGUUGAUUAUGUUGGAUAUUUCUCCAUGGAGACUGCACUCACCACUAUAUGGAGUGGAUUUCAUGGUAAGAUCGGUUUGCCUUUUAUGAAGAUCCACAUUGCUAUCUCUUUUUCUCUGGAGUCAUUUAUGUUUCAGCCAAUGCCUUUCUCCUCUGCUAGCAUCUGAAGGUGGGAGAGGUUUUUGUAUUUUGGAUUUGCUGUAUAGGUUAUAUGGUUGAACUUCCUUAGUAGAUAUAUAUAUUUUCCUGUUUCGUAUCAUGGAUCUUGUUUAAGAAUUAAGAUGUAUUGCGUACUUGAAUGCUUACGAAUUAGGUUGUGAAGUGGGAUUAUUACACCUACCUUUUUUGUCAUUUACUUUCA